AUGGCGGACCACGCCGUCGACGACACUCCGGCAUCGGAGGCCAAGCCGCAGCUCCCUACCGGCCACGCUUCCCUCAUACCGGAGCAGCCGACCGGGACAGACCAGGCUUUGGAAAGCGCCGAAGGCCGUCAGGCCGGAGACACCGCUUCCCACGACGACUCGGCUCAGACCGUACACUCCGAGUCGCAGCCGCCAUCCUCAGCAGAGCCGCGGCCAGCUGCCGCCUCCCUUCCAGACGUACCACCACCACUGACAGAGGAAGCCGAGCAGCAUGCACCGUCAUCAGCACCCUCAGGACCAGCACCAGAUGAGAUAGCCCCGGCACCUGCUGCGCCAGCACCACAAGGCCAAGGACCGCCAACAUUGGCAGACGAGACCGUGCCACCGGUCCCCGACAUUGUCCUGUCAAGAGCGUCCAACGCCGGCAGCGAGGUCGGGCUCGAGACCGCAGCGAGCGCACCAUCGCGGGCCGAGGGGGCAGAGACGGCGGCAGUUGCAGUCAGCGCCGAGCCGGUGCCGUCCGGCCAAGCCGACAACCCGGCGGCACCGGCGCAGCCCGAUGCUCCGCAUCCGCCCUCCAAGGACGCACUGCCAGCACAUUCGCAGGCGGUCGCCGCAGCAGCCAGCCAGCACCAUGCCAGAGGGUCCGACGCCGACUCGUCGAGCGCACAGCAGGCCGUGCGCUCCAGCAUCUCGGUCUCGCGCCGCUCGUCGUCGUCGACCACCGCCACCGGCAUGCAUUCGCGCUCCAGCCUCUCGAGCCUCAACAAGGGCAGCGCCGUCUUUGUCAUCACCGCCCUCGAGACCAUCUCGGGCUCAAAGGAGGCCAAGAAGGACAAGGAGCUGCGCGAGGCCGCGAGCCGCGCGCUCGACAUGGUCAAGGCGGCCUCGGGCACCGCCCCCGCCCCCGGCCCAGACGGCGACCAGGCGCUGCUCGACCCCAAGGUCGUCUUUGAGCCCCUGCGCCUCGCCUGCCGCACCAAGAACAACAACCUCACCAUCACCAGCCUCGACUGCAUCGGCAAGCUGGUCAGCUACGCCUUUUUUGCCGAAGACGACCCGCUCGCCCACGCCCGCCAGCACGAGCCCCAGCCCAACGGCCAGCCGCCCCAGACGCUGGCCGAUCUCGUCACCGAGACCGUGUGCGACUGCUACCACGAGGCGCUCGACGACAAGGUCGCCCUCCAGAUCAUCAAGGCGCUCCUCAGCUCCGUCCUCUCCACGACGGUCCACGUCCACCAGUCGAGCCUGCUCAAGGCGGUGCGAACCGUCUACAACAUCUUCCUCAUGAGCAAAUCGCCCGCCAACCAGGCCAUCGCGCAGGGCAGCCUGACCCAGAUGGUCCACCACGUCUUUGCCCGCGUGCCGCGGUCUGGCUCCGGCACCGCUCCCGCCGCCGGCAGCAACGGCAACGGCCACGGCAGCACCAGCAGCGUGCCGGGCGGGAUGUCGUCGACGGACAGCUCGACCGACGUUGCGGCCGGCAAAGCAGACGGUCAUCGCGCGGACGGUGCGGGCCACGAUCACCAAGGGGCCCAGACGGAGCAGGCCGAAUCCACGACGGAUACGACCGCCGACGGGCAGGCCAGCGAAGAGAAGAUCACGCUCCAGACGCUCGAGACGCGCAAGUCGUUCGAGGGAGCGUCCGAAAGGGACACGGGCGCCAGCCUGGCGUACAUGAGCACGGCCGAGCUCUUUGUCAAGGACGCCUUCCUCGUGAUGCGCGCGCUGUGCAAGCUGACGAUGAAGCCGCUGGGAGCCGAGAGCGAGCGGGACCUCAAGUCGCACGCGAUGCGGUCCAAGCUGCUCUCGCUGCACCUCAUCCUCACCAUCAUCAAGUCGCACAUGGCCAUGUUUACGGACCCGAGCGUCAUCAUCCACAGCGCCUCGACCGGCGAGCAGACGCCGUUUGUGCAGGCCGUCAAGCAGUACCUCUGCCUCAGCCUCAGCCGCAACGCCGUCAGCAGCGUCAACCAGGUCUUUGAGAUCAGCUGCGAGAUCUUCUGGCUCGUGCUCGACGGCAUGCGGACCAAGCUGAAAAAGGAGAUCGAGGUGCUGCUCAACGAGAUCUUCCUGCCCAUCCUCGAGAUGCGGACGUCGACGGCCAAGCAGAAGUCGAUCCUGCUCAACGUCAUGAUCCGUCUGUGCCAGGACCCGCAGGCGCUCGUCGAGAUCUACCUCAACUACGACUGCGACCGCUCGGCGCUCGACAACGUCUACGAGCGCCUGCUCAACGUCAUCUCGCGCAUCUCGCAGACCCACGUCUCGGCAUCGGCGCUCGCGGACGGCAAGGACGGCGCAUCAUCGGCCGGCAGCAACGGCGGCGGACCCCUGCAGCGGUCGUCGAGCGUCGGCCUCGGAGGCGGCCCUGCCAUCCCGCCCAGCCUCAGCACCGCGGCAGCGGGCGAAGCGGGCGGCUACGACGGCGGCAGCGGCUCGUCCGGGUCGAGCCAUUCGGUCGAGGCGCGGCUGAAGCGGCAGAGUCUCGACUGCCUCUGCUCGGUGCUGCGGUCGCUGGUGAUGUGGUCCAACCGGUCCUCGGCGGCGGCAGCGGCGGUGGCGGCAUCAUCCUCAUCGGCGCCAGGCGGCAGCGGCGACCACCUCGGCCCGGGCGACGGAAGCGUGUCAGGCUCGUCGCCGCGGAUCAGCGAGGAUGUCCGCAUCGGCAACGAGAUGGUCACGGCGCUCGACCGCGAGAACCUCAUGGAGAGCGGCAGCGCGACGCCCGUGCUGGGCUCGGCGAGCAACGGCGCCGGAGCGUCCGAGACGAGCCGCACCCAGACGCCCGAGGCCACCGACGACCCGGGCCGCUUCGAGAGCGCCAAGCAGCGCAAGACGACGCUCAUCGAGGCCAUCAAGAAGUUCAACUUCAAGCCAAAGCGCGGCAUCGAGGACCUGAUCAAGCACGGCUUCAUCCGCUCGCGCGAGCCGCGCGAGAUUGCGCGCUUCCUCCUCUUCGCCGACGGCCUCAACAAGGCGCAGAUCGGCGAGUACCUCGGCGAGGGCGAGCCGGAAAACAUCGCCAUCAUGCACGCCUUUGUCGACAUGAUGAACUUUACCGACAUGGGCUUCACCGAUGCGCUGCGCCGCUUCCUCCAGGCCUUCAGGCUGCCCGGCGAGUCGCAGAAGAUCGACCGGUACAUGCUCAAGUUCGCCGAGCGCUACGUCGCGGGCAACCCGGGCGCGUUUGCCAACGCCGACACCGCCUACGUCUUUGCCUACUCGGUCAUCAUGCUCAACACCGACGCGCACAACCCGCAGGUCAAGCACCGGAUGACGCUGCAGGACUUCAUCAAGAACAACCUGGGGAUCGACGAUGGCAAGGACCUGCCCGAGGACUACCUGCGCGCCGUCUACGACGAGAUCCAGACGCACGAGAUCAAGAUGAAGGACGAGGUGCUGAGCAGCGCCGGCGUGCCGCCGACGCCGAGCGGCGGGCUGGCGGGCGCAAUCGCCACCGUUGGGCGCGACCUGCAGCGUGAGGCCUACGUCCUCCAGUCCGAGGGCAUGGCGCACAAGACCGAGGCCCUCUUCCGCACCAUGGUGCGGGCGCAGCGCCGCGUCGGGCCGCAGCAGCGCGCCGCGGCCGAGCAGUUUUUCUCGGCCUCGCACUUUGAGCACGUCAAGCCGAUGUUUGAGGUGGCCUGGAUGCCGUUCCUCGCGGGCAUCUCGGGCCCGCUGCAGGACUCGGACGACCCCGAGGUGGUCGACCGGUGCCUCGAGGGCUUCCGCGACGCCAUCAAGAUCGUCUGCCUGUUUGGCCUCGAGCUCGAGCGCAACGCCUUUGUCACGACGCUCGCCAAAUUCACCUUCCUCAACAACCUGGGCGAGAUGAAGAGCAAGAACGUCGAGGCCAUCAAGACGCUGCUCGGCGUGGCGCACAGCGAGGGCAACUACCUCAAGGGCAGCUGGCGCGAGGUGCUCACCUGCGUCAGCCAGCUCGAGCGCUUCCAGCUCAUCAGCGGCGGCGUCGACGGCCGCCACCUGCCCGAGCUCGGUCGGCGCAGCUCCAACGCCAUCGCCAGCGGCGGCGGAACCGGCGGAACUGGCAGCAGCAGCAGCGGAUCCAAGGCGUCGGCGUCAGCGGCGGCGGCGGCGAGACAGACGGCGCUGCCCAACGACGACGUGGUCCAGGCCGGCGCGUCGUCCGAGGUCACGGUGGCCGCCGACCGCAUCUUUUCGUCGAGCGCCAGCCUGUCCGGCACGGCCAUUGUCGACUUUGUCCAGUCGCUCUCGGACGUGUCGUGGGAGGAGAUCCAGUCGUCGGGCAUGACCGACAGCCCGCGCCUCUUUUCGCUCCAGAAGCUCGUCGAGAUCUCAUACUACAACAUGGGCCGCAUCCGCAUGGAGUGGAGCCACAUCUGGGCCAUCCUCGGCGAGCACUUCAACAUGGUCUGCUGCCACCCCAACGUCAGCGUCAGCGCGUUUGGCCUCGACUCGCUGCGCCAGCUGGCGAUGCGCUUCCUCGAAAAGGAGGAGCUGCCGCACUUCAAGUUCCAGAAAGACUUUCUCAAGCCGUUCGAGGUGACGAUGCUGCGCAACAACAGCGCCGACGCCAAGGAGAUGGUGCUCCAGUGCCUGGAGCAGAUGAUCCAGAGCCGCGCCAACAACAUCCGCUCCGGCUGGCGCACCAUGUUUGGCGUGUUCGGCGCCGCCUCCAACGCCAGCUCGGAGCGCGUGUCGGCCUACGCGUUCGACCUGGUGCGCGAGCUCAACGCCAAGCACUUUGGCGCCAUCAUCGUCAACGGCUCCUUUGCCGACCUGUGCAUCUGCGCCACCCACUUUGCCAAGGCGAGCAAGCAGAAGAUCAGCCUGCAGGCGACCGAGCUGCUGGCGUCGCUGGUGCCCGCGAUGCUCGAGGCGCGCGAGUGCCCGAUCGACCCGACGGCCGACCCGGGCCCCGCCGCCGCCACGCCCCUCUCCGACGACCCCAUGGUGCGCUUCUGGUUCCCCGUCCUCUUCGCCUUUUACGACGUCAUCAUGACGGGCGACGACCUCGAGGUGCGGCGCGUGGCGCUCGACUCGCUCUUCGCCAUCCUCAAGGACCACGGCACCACGUUCCGCCCCGACUUUUGGGACACGGUGUGCCAGGAGAUCCUCUUCCCCAUCUUUGCCGUGCUCCGCUCGCGUUCCGACGUGACGCGCUUCAGCACCCAGGAGGACAUGUCGGUGUGGCUCAGCACCACCAUGAUCCAGGCGCUGCGCAACCUCGUCGACCUGUGGACCUACUACUUUGAGACGCUCGAGCGGCUGCUGCCGGGCCUCCUCGAGCUGCUGUGCGCGUGCAUCUGCCAGGAAAACGACACGCUGGCGCGCAUCGGCACGUCGUGCCUCCAGCAGCUGCUCGAGAAAAACGUGACCAAGCUGAGCGAGCAGCGCUGGUCCCAGGUGGUCGACACCUUCCUCCAGCUCUUCCGCACCACGACGGCCCACCAGCUCUUUGACCCCGUGCUGCGGGCCGAGCACGCGGCGCCCAGCCCAGGCGACGCCAACGGCGCCCGUCCGCGGAUCGAGACCAACCCGCUCGACGGCGCCAACGGUGAUGAUGCCGCGGCGGCGGCGGCGGCCGUGCCCGGCAGCAGCGACGGGCAGUCGCAGCAGGCAGCGGCACCGACGGCCGCCAUGACGCCGUCGGAGCGGCGGCGCAUCUUCAAGCAGAUCAUCGUCAAGUGCGUGCUGCAGCUGCUGCUCAUCGAGACGACGCACGAGCUGCUGUCGAACGCGCUCAUCUACAACACGAUCCCGGCGUCGGAGCUGCUGCGGCUGACCAAGGUGCUCGAGGACAGCUACCGCUUCUCGAAGCGCUUCAACGCCGACAAGGAGCUGCGGAUGGCGCUGUGGAAGGUCGGGUUCAUGAAGCAGCUGCCCAACCUGCUCAAGCAGGAGAGCAGCAGCGCCGCCACCCUCGUCCACAUCCUCGUCCAGAUGCACUCGGACCGCCGCGAGGGCCACCGCGAGAUGCGCAGCGCCGUCCGCCGCCGCCUCGUGCCCCUUGGCCGCGACGUCGUCGAGUCGUUCCUGCCCCUCGACGCCGAGACGCAGGCGCGCAACAUUGCCGCCUGGACGCCCGUCGUCGCCGAAGUCUUUACGGGGCUGUGCAGCUUCGACGACGACGUCGACGGCGGCGGUGCUGCUGCCGGCGCCGGUGAUGGCACUGCCGGCGCCGUCAGCUCUGCCAAGAUGAGCAGCCGGCGGCAAUCUUCCGAGGACGACGAGGAUGAUGAAGAAGACGACGAUGAUGAGGACGAAGACGACGACGACGACGACGAGGGAGGGCGGGUAUUUACGCACCACGCCCACACCUUCUACCCGCUGGCCGUCGAGCUGCUGGGUAAGGACCCGCUGCCCUCGGAGAUUGCCGAGUCGCUGCGCUCGUUCCUGUACAAGGUCGGGUUGGUGUACGGCCUGAUUGGGUCUAAAGGCCGCGGCGGCGGUGGCGGUGGCGGUAUCCGAGGCGGUGGUGGUGGUGGACGACUCACGCGGGUCGGGGCGGGCGCGGCUUCACCACCACCGCCAGCAGCGCUGUCGUAG